AUGGCAAUGUAUGGCAGCCCCACAUUUUCAAAUUCAGUAGCCGAGUCCAGUCCCGUCACCGUCAACGUCUACGAUAUGUCCUGGCUGAACGAGUACAUUGGCAACAUUGGUUUGGGCGUCUACCACACAGGUGUGGAGGUCUAUGAACGCGAGUACUGUUAUGGAGGUCAUCAAUUUGGUGGCUCAGGCAUUUUUGAGAUGACUCCUCGUGAUACGGAAAAUCUCGGUCCCAACUACUCCUUCAAGUUAGCAACUUCAAUUGUGGUGGGGUUUACGGACUUCACCUACCGCGACGUCUGCGCAAUUCUCAGCAACAUGGAGCGGGACUUUAGAGGUGCACAUUACCACCUUUUGCGCAAGAACUGUAACCACUUCUCAAAUGCAUUUAUCGAGAUUCUCUGUGGUGCUACGCUGCCCAAGUGGAUUAAUCGGUUGGCUGUUGUGAGCACGAAACUGCCCUUCAUCGAGAAGUCUAUUCCCAAGGAGUGGCUUACUCCUCUGCAGCAGGUCGGUUUUUUUCACGAUUAUCCUUUUUUUUGUGUGUUGGAACAUGCAUGUGAGGUGUUUGGUGGGAAGCACUCAUGUGUAGUCUUUUAA